AUGUUGCGCACCUACUUUAGCCUACAGAUGCACCUCACCUUAUUCGUCAUCCUUACCUGUGCAAGUGCACCUGUUCAAGGGUUCAGUUCAGGACUAGUGAUGGCGAGCUGCGGUGAUCUGACGCCACAACACUCUGGCAUUGCGGCAUCAUCGAGCCCCCCGCCGUUUAUAAUUUACACCGACCGCACUGAAUACAGUGAAGGGGACGAAAUCAUAGUGACCCUCCAGGCAAACUCCACACAAUUCCAAGGCUUUCUGAUGCAAGCCAGAGAGGUUGGAGGAAGUCAGCCUGUUGGAUCCUUUUCUUUGAUGGGCAACGACAGUAGACUCCUGGAAUGCAAUGGACAGUCUGACUCCGCUGUUUCUCAGGUAUCGGGUGAAAGCAAACAGACAGUGCAAAACAAAUGGACGGCUCCUCAGUCGGGACAACUCAAAGACAUAGAGUUCAGGGUUACAUUUGUGCAGAACUAUCCUAACUUUUGGGUUGGUGUCAAAAGCCCCGUGGUUGUCUACAACAGUACCAGCACUACAUCUCCAGCCACGCCUGGUCCAUUUGUAAAUGAAGCAAUCUCCAGUGUCGGAUGUGGGAAAAGUAAAGUCUGCUUCAGCAUACCAGAUAACUGUGACCCCGCCGGGGGAAGCUCUGACUGCUACUUCAUGUCUGCCACGGCAACGCAGGCCGGCUCCAUACAGUUUGAGUUAUACGGCUCAUCCCAAGGGUACAUCUCCGUUGGCUUCUCCGAUGAUCAGCUCAUGGGGCAAGAUGACAUAUACAUAUGUAGGAAGGACAGUGCUGGUGAAAUCUUAGUGGAGCAUGCCUAUUCAACAGGACGCAGUACUCCACAAGUCCUUCCACUGGGAGAUGUGUCAGAUAUUAAAACAUCAUUUGUGGAUGGGGUUAUCAGCUGCACCUUUGUAUCCAAGAAUGCUAUUUCUACCCAGAGGAGUGCAGCUGGGCUCGUCUACCAUAUCAUGUUCGCCUAUGGCCUGACUAAUAAUGGUAAGAUUAUGCGACAUGCAGCAAGUGCAAGAUUUGUCAGUCCGCAAAAAAUUGACAUCUCUGCACCUCAAGUCAUCACUACGACAGGUCAACCUCAAAUUAUCAAAGCACAUGGUGCUUUGAUGCUAAUUGCCUGGAUGACAACGGGAAGCCUUGGGAUGCUGAUUGCACGCUUUCUCAAGGAAGCCACAAAGGGAAGAAAGUGUUUGGGCAAACACCUGUGGUUUUUGGCUCAUGUGUUUCUGAUGGUGUUGACCGUGGCCAUGACCAUCAUAGCUUUCAUCUUGUCCUUCUCCCAUGUGAAGGGCUGGAGUGGGGGAUCUCAUCCAGUGCUUGGCUGUCUGGUCAUGAUCCUGGCCUUCUUUCAGCCCCUGGCUGCCCUCUUUCGUUGUGGACCAGAACACCACUGGAGAUUCAUAUUUAACACGAUGCACACUUUGACUGCUGUAGCCAUCAAAGGCCUGGCAGUGGCAGCCAUAUUUACCGGCCUGUACCUGGUGGAGCAUUCAGAGGGGCGUUGGUUGCAGAAGGUGAUGGGUGGCUUCGUGGCCUGGGAAGCACUACUCUUCGCCAUGCAGGACCUACAAAUGAGAUGGAGGCAGAAAAGUGAUGAUGAAGAGGUCUUUCAAACUUAUCACACAGAAGUCAUUCUUUUCCUUGUCUUUUUCCUGGGAAAUCUGGCCUUUCUUGUAGCCCUGUUGGUUGGUAUUGGAAUGACGUAGGCCGCACCACCAAAACCAGACGUGUGUUGAAGCCAUUGACACUCCUCUUGUACAUUAUGUUGUUGCCAAAUUAUAUGUUAAGGAAAUAACUGAUUAAAACUUUGUUAUAUUGUCUUUCUAUUCGUAUUAUAUUGUUGUGCAAAUGUUUUUUAUUCCACUGUUUUUUAGACAAAAACAAAUUGUUAAAUGAAAUGGUUUGACAAUAAAUACU